AUGAGUAAGGGCUAUAUCCGAGAAAGUCUCAGUCCUUGCGCUGUACCCGUACUACUUGUGCCUAAAAAGGACGGGACUUGGAGGAUGUGUGAGGAUUGCCGCGCCAUCAACAACAUCACGGUUAAGUACCGGCAUCCCAUACCUCGGCUUGAUGACAUGCUCGACGAACUCAGCAGAGCCACGAUCUUCUCCAAGAUCGAUCUUAAGUGCGGAUACCAUCAAGUACGAAUGAGAGAAGGCGAUGAAUGGAAAACCGCCUUCAAAACGAAGCAAGGCCUCUACGAGUGGCUCGUGAUGCCCUUCGGGCUUACGAAUGCCCCAAGUACGUUCAUGCGACUCAUGAACCAUGUACUAAGAGCCUUCAUUGGGAAGUUUGUAGUGGUCUACUUCGACGACAUUCUUAUCUAUAGUCGAAGCUAA